CCUCAUCGUGGGGCUGGCCGCCUGAUUCAGCCUGGCCAGAAAAUACAUGUCUCAGUCGCAUUCUGCAAAGAUUAUGGUCCGAGGGCUCAAUUAAACCCACAUGAUAGUCAGCGUCUGAGUGACCUUAUUGGCAUGGCAGCAGGGCACGAUGCAGAUGCCAUCUAUCGGAUAGAAGACUGGGAUGAUAUAGUGGAGAUGGACGUCUUUGAUUAUUCUAAGGCUCACGAGGUCAUUAUGGAUAUGAAAAAACUCAACGAUAAUACUCGAGAUGUGUGGCUCCACCGUCUAAAGGUGAUGUUAUCAUCAGCUGCUGGACGUCGCAAUCUUUGUCAACUAGAGGAUUUGCCCUGCCGUCUGUUACAGGCUCUCGAGACUAAAAUGACGGAUGAGAAUUUUCAGCCACAGUUGUUAGCUUCGCGAAGCAGAACCAUGGAAAAUAAG